CGCAAAGUAAAUCUCGGGAAAAUAGCUCCGACCAUCUUGUCCAGGACAAUCACCGUCGACCUGCCUAGACUAUCUCUUCGAGGCCAAUCACUUCUUUGAAGAAGUCCCAACAAGUUCAAUUGGUUCUUCGCGGUGAAUCUAGGUCGACGGUUUGUCUGGUGGAUGACAUUGAGUCCUUAUCAGCACCUUCCAAAACCGAGCCGAACCGAAACCGAUAACAUCGUGACUUUCCCAAUCGAGUCACAUCCAAUACAGCAAAGUACCGAACUUCGCGGCUUUAACCUCCCUCCAAUCAAUCCUCCAAUUGUCAUCGACUACUCGACACCUCCCUAAUCCCAACCAAAUCCAAGUAACCUCGCGACGAACGAACCGCAAAGAAAAAGAAAAACAAUGGCCUCCCAAUCCUCCCCACCACCCUUCCAAACCGCCCUCUUAGCAGGCGCCCUCGCCGGUACCACCGUCGACCUCUCUCUCUUCCCGCUCGACACGCUCAAGACCCGUCUCCAAUCGGCCCAAGGCUUUUUCGCCAGCGGCGGUUUCCGGGGAAUCUACCGCGGCGUCGGCUCCUGCGUUAUCGGUUCCGCUCCUGGAGCUGCCUUCUUCUUCGUUACUUAUGAGACCACCAAGGGGUUUCUUUCUACGACAGGGAAUUCGACAACAACAACAACAACAACAACAACAACAACACAUACGGGGGACACAAACAAAGGACAGGGGAAGAAGGGUCUGAGUAGUCCGGGGGUGCAGCACGGAAUCGCGGCGAGUCUGGGCGAGAUCGCCGCUUGUGCGGUCCGCGUGCCGACCGAGGUGAUCAAGCAGCGGGCGCAAGCGGGUCAGCAUGGCGGGUCGAGCUUGAGCAGCUUGCUGCACAUCCUGCACCAGCGCUCGACCAUCGGCCUGACAGGGGUGUGGAGGGAGCUGUACAGGGGGUGGGGCAUCACGGUGAUGAGGGAGGUGCCGUUUACGGUGCUGCAGUUCCCGCUGUGGGAGUCGCUCAAGAAAUGGGGACGUGAGCGCCGCCAACGAAUUGGCUGGGGCCUGUUUGGGGACUCGGCCACGGGUAAAGAUGAUAAAGACGUUAGUGCCCCCGAGAGCGCAUUGUACGGAAGCUUGGCGGGCGGGUUUGCGGCGGCCUUGACGACGCCUUUGGAUGUGCUCAAGACCAGGAUCAUGUUGAGCGAGAGGAGGGAGGGGGUGGUCAGCUUAAUACAAACAAUUUGGAGGGAUGGGAAGACAAAGACGGGAAGUGGCAUCAGGCCGUUCUUUAGUGGGAUUGGGCCAAGAGUGAUGUGGAUCAGUAUCGGAGGAGCGAUUUUCUUGGGGAGUUAUCAGAGUGUUGUCAAUGCUUUUGAGGGGACGACGAGAAAGAAGAGCAGUGGUGGGGAGUUGUCGCUCUAAGGAAGGGUGUGGUAAUUUGGGUUUGAAGCGUUGCUGAGGAAAGGCGAAGACGGUUGUUGCUGCACGGUCUUUGGGAAAAGAAAAAAAGGGAUCAGCUCGAUGUCAUUAAUCUUGGGCAUCGAAUAGACAAGACGGGAUGAGCGAGAAGAACAGCAUACAUAGACAUAGAGUUCAAGAUACCCCAGUGGGAGUAACAGGAGUCAUGUUACACCCCUAUGUACAACAACCCCUACUGUACUAUAUAAAAUACCCGCUAAGAGUCGAACAAGCGCUGUCUCCAGGUUCAUAACCAACAGUAGCCAGAGAACGCAUGAAUAGAGAUAGACAGGGAGAAGAAAAAAAC